UUCAUCCAGUCCUUUUUCUUUACAGGCUGCGAGAGUGACUUUUGGGGUCCACACUGCAGUAACCGCUGUCAGUGCCGCAACGGUGCCAAAUGUAACCCAAUAACAGGAGCGUGCGUCUGCACUGAUGGCUACCAGGGCUGGCGCUGUGAGGAGCCCUGUGACCCCAAAUUCUAUGGCAAAGACUGCCUGCUGGAGUGCCAGUGCCUUAAUGGCGCUACCUGCCAUCACCAGACUGGCGAGUGCCUCUGUGCACCUGGAUACACUGGGGCCUUCUGUGAGGAACCUUGUCCUCCAGGUAAACAUGGCCCCCUGUGUGAGCAUCACUGUCCCUGUCAGAACGGUGGAACAUGUCACCAUGUCACUGGGGAGUGUUCCUGUCCUGCUGGCUGGAUGGGUCCAGUGUGUGCCCAGCCAUGUCCAUUUGGAUCUUUUGGCAUUAAUUGCUCCCAGGAGUGCACGUGUCGUAACGGAGGGCUAUGUGACCAUAUCAGCGGUCAGUGCCAGUGCACAGCUGGCUACAUUGGAGAAAGAUGCCAGGAUGAAUGCCCAGUUGGCACUUAUGGGCCACAGUGUGCUCACAAGUGUGACUGCCAGAACAGAGCCAAAUGCUACCACAUCAACGGCGCCUGCCUUUGUAACGAAGGCUUCAAGGGGCCUAGCUGUCAGGAUCGUUUCUGUCCCACUGGCCUGUAUGGACUCAUCUGUGACAAAUACUGCCCCUGCAUACACACAAACACACUCAGCUGUCACCCUCUGUCCGGAGAGUGCACCUGUGCUGCGGGAUGGACUGGGCUUUACUGUGACGAGACCUGUCCACCAGGUUACUACGGUGAGGGCUGCAGAGAGCUGUGUGUUUGUGCUAAUGGAGCCUACUGUGAUGGCAUCACUGGAGCUUGUAUCUGUGCACCAGGAUACAUAGGUGACGACUGCUCUAUCAGCUGUCUUGCAGGCCUGUACGGGAUCAACUGCUCCUCAUCGUGCUCCUGCCAAAACGAGAUCUCCUGCUCACACACUGAUGGUUCCUGCAUCUGCAGAGAAGGUUGGCAGGGUGUCGACUGCUCCAUCCCUUGCUCCAGUGGAACCUGGGGACUGAGCUGCAAUCAGACGUGUCAGUGUGCCAAUGGGGCAGCUUGCAACCCCGUCAGUGGAACCUGUGCUUGCUCCCCAGGCUGGACGGAUGAAUACUGUGACGUACCUUGUCCUGAUGGAUCGUACGGCUUGGAUUGCAGAGAGAAAUGUGACUGCGUUAACUCCGAUGGCUGUGAUCCAGUUACGGGUUUCUGCCGCUGUCUUGCAGGUUGGACGGGUGUCCAUUGUGACAGUGUGUGCGAGGAGGGUCGCUGGGGACCCAACUGCUCCUACAGCUGCACCUGCGAGAACGGGGGCUCCUGUUCUCCAGAGGACGGCACCUGUGUGUGCGCUCCAGGCUACCGGGGCACCAACUGCAGAAGAACAUGUUCUCCUGGCUUCUAUGGCCAUCGUUGCAGUCAGAUGUGUCCUCAGUGUGUCCACAGCGAUGGGGCAUGCCACCACAUCACCGGCCACUGCAAAUGUCUCGCUGGAUUUUUUGGCUCCCUCUGCAAUGAAGGUGUUUACUGCAUUAAUCAACGUUACAGCUACCACAUGGAGCCACGCUACAGAGACUAUGUGAAGAGUUCGUUGUCCAGCACCUGUUCCCUCAACAGUGAAAACCCGUACGCCACCAUAACCGACAAUCCCAGCCUAUGUAAGCACUCAGAGAGCAGCUACGUGGAGAUGAAAUCACCAGCACACCAUGAACACACGGCACACUGCUGUUCUGCUGCCAUCAUCAGUACGACUACAACCACCACUGUGCCUGCCAAGAAUGUCUACAACAUGGAACCAACCAUAAGUAUUGUGCCGGCAAGUGGUGCUGCAGUGGUUCCCAGUUACCCUCAGAACCCAUACGACCUCCCCAGGAACAGCCACAUCCCGAGCCACUACGACCUGCUGCCAAUGCGCCCCAGCCCCUCCCACAGCCACAGCCUCACCCUGAACAGCUGCAGUCCCCCACUGCCCGGCAGCCCCACCAGUUCCCUGCUCUAGGGCCCCCCAACAGGAUCCAGUGCACUCAGAACUAAGAAACUGAAGUAUGAAAGUAGAAAGUGUUUUGACACUGAUGAGUAAAUACAGGUUGAUAUUUAAAGGAUGGAGAAAAUGUGUUGCUGGGACUAAUACUUACUUAUUUAUUUUCUAAGUAGCAUUUUAUUUGUUUGUUUUGUUUGUUUUUCUUUUUGUUUUGCAGUGUCCAGACUGCUAGAUGGCUGUUUGACAUUUUACUAUGAUAUACCAACCAACCAGUCUGAGCUGUUUUGUGUCAGUCACCAGUACAUCUUUAUAUUCUUAUUUUCACACCAAAAUUGCCAGCAGCGGGGUAAUACAAGUACAUAUACACAUAAAUAUACUCGUUUCAGCGGUUUUUGAGACAUCUCGACUCAGAAGAUGAAUGUCAAAAAAGAAACUGACUUGCUCACGUAAAGACUGCAAUGGCUGUGCCAAAGAAAGGACUGAGGCCCACUGUACAUCUGCAAAGACUACUUUAUUUACUAGCAUGUUAGGUCCAAAUGAACAUCAUGUGGGCAUUACGGUUGUGCUGUGGGAAAGAAAUCCAAUGGACUCCUCCGAAGAAAAGGCUCUCUAUCCUUUUAUUUCCCCAGAAAAAAGGACUGAGAAAAGGACAGAAAAAAAGAUAACUGGAGUAUCUUCAGACUUACAGCACCUGUAUAGUAUUUUAUACACACUGUUUCUUAUUUCGUGUUUACAUAUUUAAAGAUCCUGCUGGGGUUCAUGUUUUUGCUCAGAAACGUUAUUUUUUGUAUGUACUGUAGACAAAGUGGUGUAUUUGAUGUACACUUACUGUACACCUCGUGAUUAUAGUUGUAAUUUUUUUUCUUUAUGUUGAGCUUAUUAUACAUGCAUGUAAAAAGGUGAUUCAGGGCAUAAUGGUUAGUGAGGAAUACCCUUAUUCUUUGGCUUUAUUGUGAUCAUGGUCAGAUGGCUAAGCUCUUUUGCUGAUAAUUGCCAUGCUACUGUGGACAUGCCAUUUGGAACAUACUUCUUGGAAAUAUAAAUAUAUUUUAGGUUGGAAGUUGUGGUUACAACAGUUCUGUAGGAAACUUCCCCCUUCCCUGAUUUUAUUGUAGAGUCGCUAGAGUUUUGUUACUAAACACAAUUAAAUGUGUUUUCAUGUAGCUCUGACAAAAAUGUGUUAUGCAACGUAGCAGUAACUUUAAAAUGAUAGACAUACAAUCACUUUAAGUAUUCAGACUGCUCUCCUUUUUUACAGAUUAUAGAUUUACAUUAUAAUUGAUGAAAUGAUAGAUUUUCAGUUAUAUUUAUUCAUCACCUAAUGCUUAGAAAUGUUUGAAUGAGUUCAACUAAUGUUAUUUUAACCCAACCAGUUAACUAAAACAAGCUGAAGACUUAAACCAGGCUUUUAACCGGCUGAAACUCAUGAAGACCAACUGCUUACACAAAGGAAUGAAUUAAGGAUUCACAAAUACAUUUUUAUUUUGUCUUACAAAUACAUUGUUUCAUCAUAAAUUUGCAUUUACAAAGUGCGCAAAAGUAAAAGGGUCUGAAGCAACUAAAGUUCGGCUGUAGCAAACAGCAAUAAGAGGACAUGUUGACAAUCUUAUGUGUACAGUUUGCUAUCCCAAUGAUUUGGUUUCCUGUUUUUGUUCUAUUUGCUCUGAUUUAUCUUGUUUUUUUAGUGGUUUGAUAUGUUUGAUCCAAACAAUAGUUCAUGUGUAUAGGUGUAUGUAGUGCUGCUUACAUUUUUGGGGGGGAGGGUGUGUGUUUGUUUUUUUGUUUUUGAAAACCCUGAAAUGAAUAAAGUCAUGACAGCUCAGGAGAGUGGUGUCAUAUGUUGAUUUUAAAAAACAAACAAACUCUGUUUUCACCUUUCAUCCAGAGAUAUAAAGCUGCAGUCAUGUGGUGGAAUGUUUCUAUUUUU